AUGGAGAGAUUAAUUUAUUGGGGAACAGAGGCGGACGAGAAGUUUUCAAGGCUUUUAUACGAUAAAAACAAAUAUCAAACGGCUUGUCAGUGGAUUGAAUGGCUGAUUCACGGGUUUCCAUGGUUUAUUUUUUCGACGCUUGCACUGAUCAUCUCUUACGGCAAAAACUUUGAUGCAAUGACCCAGUACGGAUUUGUUAUCCUGAAUAUUGGCCUGUACAUGGAUUUGAUCCUCGUGGCAAUCAUCAAAUUCUACAUUCAUCGAGACAGACCAUUGAAGACUUAUUUGAAGUACAUGGAGCACACUGUCGACAUCUACUCCUUUCCAUCGGGUCAUUGUUCUCGUGCUGCUAUGAUUGUUGUGAUGUUUUAUAACUACCAUCCGCUCCUUGCUAUUCCGUUUAUCCCAUUGCCAUUCAUUGUUGGAUUGUCGAGAGUGGCGCUUGGAAGGCAUUAUAUCACUGAUGUGCUUGCUGGAGUCUUAUUCGGGUUCUUGGAAGGCCGCCUCAUGCUCACUAUCCCCUACGGCGUGAACAAUGUGAUCCGCGAGUUGCUCAAAUGA